AUGAACAAUCCAUCUAUAAUGCAAUUUACUUAAAAAGAAUCUGAAUUUUGUUGGUUAGUUGGUUUAAAAGCAAUAAGUACCAAGUAACCAAUGAUUACAAUGUGGUUGAAAAGUGAAUAAAGAAAAGUAGAUCCAUCACUAUUAAAAAAUGAAUUUAUGAAAUAAUUCUAAUCAGGGUUUCUCCAUCUUAAUAGUAUAAUAACAGGAGAUAGAAAUAAGAAUUCAUAAAUUAUUAAAUAAAUUUCUGAUACUACUGUAAUAGCAAUAGUAAGAAUAAUAAGAGAAGAAGGAAUUAAAGAAUUUGAACAAAUUAGAAAUGACUUUUAAAAAUUGAUAACUAUUAUAACAUAUUUAAGUUUAACAAGAUCAGUGAUGAGUGAUGCAGUGAUGAAAUUUUUAAGUAAUUAAUAAAAUGAAAGUCAUCAAUACCUUGAUAAUUUAUUAUCAACUUUAGCAAAAAUGGAAUAAAUGAAAAAUGUCAUGAACAUAAAUAAACAUGAUCCUAUUAAAGAUACAUAAUUAUAUAAGUUGUUAUUUGGUAAAGGUAAUUUUUAUGAUCCAUUUACAUCUAAUCAACAAAACACUAGUUCAACCUAAUAAACUCCAUAAAAUCAAUAGGUUGUCUAACAAGUUCAUGUAGAAAAAUAGGCAGCUUAAGUUGUAUCACCAAUGAGAUAAGCAUUGACACCAAUAUCUGAAUAAAAGUAGCAUUAAUAAUAGUAGAUGAAUUAAUAAACAAUACUACAACAAUCACAAAUAAAUAAAUAAACUAGACCAUUAGUACAAGUAGAAGAUUUUAGUGAAGAUUCUGGUGAUUCUUCUGUGGAUUUAGGGAAUAAAUAUAUAGUAAAUGCUAAACCAUAGAAGUAAUAAAUAAAUGGCACUGAUAGUGACUCUGAAAUUUAAGAGAUACCUAAUUUUAAGAUUUGA